UAUACUAUUUCAAAAUUUACAAAAAAAAGAUUUUUUCAAACAUGUUUAUCAAUGAAUAAAAGUCAAUCAGGACGAUAUAAGAUAACUAAUAAAAGAAGUAGACCACUUACAUACGAAAUGGCUAAACCACCAUAUGAAAUAGCUCACAAAAAAUCUUGGAAUUCAUGGAAUACAUCUAAUAUAAUUAAUGGUAAUAGACCAAUGGAAUGCGCAGUAGAAGAUUUAUUUAUCAGAAAAUUUUUAACAGGGACAUGGUGCACUUUGUUUCUUAGUGAGAUUAUUAUUAAGCGUAAUCAUAAUAUGAUCAGAAUAGCUGGUAUUGUCAAAAAAUCAUAUGAUCCAAUUAAAUAUUAUUUCUUAAUUGGUUAUACAGAAGAACUUCUUAGUUAUUAUUUGCACUGUCCUGUUAAACUUGAGUUACAGUCAGCGAUGAAUGAAGAUAUUAUUUUUAAAUAUAUAUAAUAAAAUUUAUUUUUAUUGUA